UCUUUUGAGCGGCGCACGUGGAGCAAAACAGAAGUGCUCACGUUUUUAGUCAAUUUCAGCUCUAAAACCUUUAUAAAUUAAGUUAAAAGUAUGGGUCGCAAAGCUGAAUACAGUGAGAAACCGAAGAAGGGACCUGGGCGGAAAGCCCGAAAGCAGGGACCCCCUGUUUUUCGCAAGCAGUCCUUUGCCCCCAUGGAGGAGGAGGAGAAGAAGCUCUCGCAUAGGCAAAAACAGCGCUCUGUCAAGCGGGAGCAGAAAAAGGUAGUUCAAAAGGCGAAACUGCAGGAGAAACGCGCCAAAGGAAAGCAAACGCAACAAGUGCGAAGAAAAACGCCCUACAACAGUGACAGUGAAGCUGAGGAGGAGGAGGAAGUGCAGCCCCAGGAAGCCUCCUCCGACGAGGAGGUGCCUCAAUUGGUUCCGGCGCCGAAAACCAAGAAAUCGGCUGCUUCCAAAGGCUUCACGGACGACAACAGCGAGUGGCUGAAACCUAAGAAGCAAAAGAAGCAGGUGGAACCUGAAUCCGAGGAGGAGGAAGAGGAUGAUGAGGAGGAUUUGGAAGAGGAAUCUGAUGCUGAGCUGGAGGAAGGUUCCGAAGAGGAAAAUGGUCUCGAAGAAGACGAAUCCGGCGAAGAAGAAGUAUCCGGUGAGGAAGAUGAAGAAGAGGAAUCUGAUGAAGACGCAGCUCAAGUUGGCAAGCUAGAUGACCUUUCCGACGAUGAAGCCAAUUCCGAUGAUGAUUUUGAUAUCUCCGGAGAUGAAGACGCCGCCGAGGCCUCCUCCGACGAAGAAGAGGACGAUGAAGACGAUGAUGAUGAUGACAAGUUGCCCAUCGAGCGUGCCAACAAAAAGCUGAAAAAACGUGAGGCUAAGGAAGCCCAGCUGGCCGAUGACGAAAUGCAAAUGACUGUCGAUCGCCAGGAUGUGUUCCAGCUGCCAAAUGAAGAGGAGGAGGCUGAGAAGGACCUAACCCUUCAGGAGGUGCAACAGCGCAUCAAAGAUGUGACACUGGUUCUCUCAGACUUCAAGAAGUAUCGUCAGGCGGAUCGGUCUCGAGGAGAGUACAUCGAUCUGUUGCGUAGGGACUUGUGCCUGUACUACAGCUACAAUGAGUUUCUGAUGGAGAAGCUGAUGGACAUGUUCCCGCUAACUGAGCUCAUGGAGUACCUUGAGGCCUCCGAGGUGGCUCGUCCCUUGACCAUUCGUACGAACACACUGAAAACACGUCGCCGGGAUUUGGCAGGAGCUCUCAUUAAUCGUGGCGUGAAUCUGGAUCCUCUGGGAAAGUGGACUAAGGUGGGAUUGGUCGUGUUCAACUCCCAAGUGCCCCUGGGUGCUACGCCAGAGUACUUGGCUGGCCACUACAUGAUCCAGGGCGCCUCUUCCCUACUGCCCGUAAUGGCACUAGCCCCACAGGAGAACGAAAGAAUUCUGGACAUGUGCUCGGCUCCAGGAGGCAAGGGCUCCCACAUAGCAUCCAUCAUGAAGAAUACCGGUGUUCUGUUUGCCAACGAUUCCAACCGGGACCGCAUCAAGGCGAUCGUGGCCAACUUCCAUCGCUUGGGAAUCGUAAACGCUGUGGUUAGCUGCGAGGAUGGUACCAAGUUCCGGAACAUUAUGACUGGCUUUGAUCGUGUCCUUCUCGAUGCUCCCUGCACGGGCACUGGCGUUGUCUCCAAGGAUCCCAGUGUGAAGACCACCAAGUCGGACGUGGACGUGCAGCGUUGUUACAACCUGCAGAGGAAACUUUUACUCACUGCCAUCGAUUGUGUGGACGCCAAGUCGUCAAGCGGUGGCUAUAUCGUGUACUCCACCUGCUCGGUGCUUCCGGAGGAGAACGAGUGGGUUAUCGACUAUGCGCUGAAGAAACGCAACGUCAAGUUGGUGCCCACUGGUCUGGACUUUGGCGUGGAGGGCUUCACUAAGUUCCGACAGCAUCGUUUCCAUCCCAGCUUGAACCUGACGAAGCGAUACUAUCCCCACACCCACAACAUGGAUGGUUUCUAUGUGGCCAAGCUGAAGAAGUUCUCCAACACGAUACCCAUCACCAAGGAGCAGCAGGAGGAGGAUGAGAAGCAGCUGGACGAAGCUAUCGAGGCCGAUGCUGCCCCCAAAGAAGCUGAGGAGGAAACUGAGGAGUCGCCAGAGGAGAAGGCUCCUCGCAAGGUUCUGGGCAAGAGGGCCGGCAAGCCAUCUCUUACGGAUAUCGAGCAGGAUUUGAAGAAGAAAAAGCUCGAAGAGAGCAAGUCGAAGUAUGUGGUGCAGGUGUUUGAGAAGCCCGUCAAGGUAGCCAAGAAGCCAAAACCAGAAGCGAACCAGCCGCAGGAAAAGAAGGGCAAGAAGCCACAGGGAACUGAAGAGAAGCAAAAUGGAAACGCCACCAAAAAGUCUCAACAGAAUGGAAAUGAAGAAGCCUCCCAGCCCGAACGCAAGUGGCCGAAGAAGAAGACACCAAUUAAGGUGUUCGGAAAUGCUCCUCCCAACAAACCAGCCGGCAAGAAGCCUCCAGUGAAUGGUACUCCCUCACCAGCCAAGACGGAUCCCAAGAAGAAGUUCCCUGCGGAGAAUAAAAACGGAAAGCCUUCUCCCAACAAACCAGCAGAUAAGAAGACACCUACAGAACCCAAGGGAAAGAAGCCUCCUACAGAACCUAAGGGAAAGAAGCCUCCUACAGAACCAAAAGGCAAGUCAUCCGCACUGGCCAAGGCUCCGAGAGUAGACCUCGAUGAUGUGCCCGUUUUGGAGGGCAAACCCAUUAAGAAGCAAAACAAACUGAAGCAAAAAUCCAAGCAGAUCGGCCAGCUGAAGAAGUCCAAAACAGGAGCCAAUGCGGGGAAGAAGCAAAAGUUCAAAAAGUGAACACCCUUAGUCCAGAAUUAAGUAGAUUUUAAGCCAGUGACAUAUAGUUGGGCUAAUCCCAGAAGUUGAAUUGAUUGAACUACAACAGUGGUGUAUUUUACAAUUAGAUUCAAUAAAUGCCAAGUCGAGUUAGA